AUGACAAACUGCGAUGAAAUGGCCUGGAAAGCCUACGUCCUGCACUCUUCCAAGUCUACGCGGCAAUUCAAAAGCGGCUUUACAAAGUCCAUUGUCCGCAAGAGGGCCAUGGUCCUUUUCGUCCUGAGCGAUCCCCGGCUUCCAUUUGGACAGCUGCGGAUGCGCAGUGCUUUCGACAGCUCAAACCCGUGGUUGAGAUCUGCAUAUGCCGCUCUAGGCCAGGGCAACCGCGUCACUUGCCUUUACGUUGGCGCCGGGUCAAGUGCUCGCUCGGAGGCCCUACUAGCUGCGGAAGAGGCUUCACUGCCCACGGUGCUGUGCAACGCCGCAACUGCCAUAGAGGUUUGGCUUAGCGAAGCUGACCUCGGUCUGGUCAUGCGCUUUGUGAACCGACCCGAGGUCUACGAGAUGCCACCUGGGUGGCCAUACACGCACCAGGUCUUGGAGAAUGGCCAGACAGAUGCGCUUCCCGAGGGCGAG